UCCGAUCAGUAGUUUUCAGCACUUCUGCGCGUAGCCACAGGCUAGAGGGACGCGAUUGUGGGUAGCUUGCGAACUCAAACAACAAUAUUUAACGUUCGCGCCUUUCAAUUCGCCCGGCCGACGGGUCGCAUUUCUUUCAAUUAAGGUCCACUGUAAAAUGUCACCGCGUUACAAGCUGAUGUAUUUCAACGCCAGGGGGCGGGCUGAGCACAUCCGGUUCAUUUUCGCCUACGCGGGGAUCGACUACGACGACGAGCGUAUACCAAGGGAAAGAUGGCCCGAAGUUAAAAAAAGAACGCCGUUUGGAAUGCUUCCGGUGCUGGAGAUAGACGGGAAACCGAUGGCGCAGAGCAAUGCGGUUGCAAGAUAUUUGGCCAAACAAUACGGACUCGCCGGCAAGGACGAAUGGGAAUCUCUGCAGUGUGACGUCUUGGUAGAUACUCUCGGUGAUCUGAAGCAAGUUUUAGCCCAGUACAGAAUGGAACAGGAUGUAAUCAAAAAAGAGGAGAAGAAAGCAAGACUGAUGAGAGAAACGAUACCCUUCUACUUAUCGAAGUUUGAAAAACACCUCUCUGAAAACGGGGGCUAUUCGGUUGGAAACGACAUAACUUGGUGCGAUUUCGUUUUCGCCGUCUCGCUGGAAAACUUCGAGCACAUAUUCGGCAAGGCCGCGCUGGAUCAGUAUCCAGCCUUGAAGGGCCUCAAGAACCGGGUCUACGCCAUACCGAACAUCGCUGCGUGGGUGGCGAGGCGACCGGUCACCGAAUCGUAAAAAAGAUCGCUCCCAACAUUAAGGAGUAUGGGCAACUAUCGUCUCUUGCUCUCUCCCCAUCUGAAAACUCCACGACACCAUAUCUUCUGGAACAAAGGUGAGAACUAAACUACAGCUUUAUUUUUAAAUUUUCUACUUCGUGUAAGUGUUACAUAAAUAAGUUGUAGUUCUUACAAAUACGAGUUAAUGUUAGAACUUCCAGAUAAUUUAUUAUAUUAUAUUACUCACGCAAAACAUACCAGUGAGCUGACGUACCAAAACAAUCACACAUGUAAUGGCAACAAUAAUUAACAACAGGGUAGAUUUAAAUCAAAACUAGAAACUUAUUAUUUUGUGUAGUGAUUCUGUGAUACCAAAUUUAUUUUUCGAUAAUAAUCAAAAUGAUUAAAAUAUUUGAAUAUAAUAUAAAAAAUUAUCUAACCUAGAAAGCCAUUAAAUGUUUUUAUGUUAAACAAGGAAAUAGGUAUCAUAGAUGUACUAGAGAGAAGUAUGUAUAUGUGUUCAAAAUAAAUAAGAAACUUGGUGUAAAUGAUGAUGUAAACUGCUAUGAAAACAAUAAUCAUUUGUACAUAGCAAUGAUAUUAUACAUAAAUGUAAUUAAUAUAUUAUAUAGAUGAAGCACGCUAUUUUAUUACAUUUGUAUAUUAAAUUUAUAUUUAUACAAUACAUUGUAACAAUAUUUUAUUGUAUUAUUAUUUAUAGUUUAGUUAGUUUCUGUAUUAAGUUGUAAAGUGACCAAAAUUUAAAUUUUGUAUUAUACUAAUACA